AUGCGCUUCUUCUCCACUAUCCUGCCCAUUGCCCUCAUUGCAGGGGCAAGUGCCCUGACGUCCGAGGAUAUCAGAGACACAGAAGACGGCUAUAUGGUGAUCACAGCUCAAUGCAGUGAUGACUAUUGGACCUGCCUCACCAGCUGCCCACUGACCGCGCCCGCCUCAUUUUGCAUUACUUGGCCACUCACCUGCACUAUCAUUUACUGUUAA